GAUCUCAGAGCUAGCCAAGAAGGCAUUGCUUUUGUUUUCCUCUCUCUAGCACAAUUACACAAACAUGUGGAGGACCUUAUACGUAGCCCGAAUGGGCACUAUUGUACCACUAUCUUUUUGGGUUACUGUUUAACUCUUCUCUAUCUUUUACGUGCCAUCAAUUCCCAUAAAGCCCAUCAAUUGCACGUGCCAAUUCAAACUCCUUCGAAUGCAAUAAUAUCCGGGUAAUGCUUCCCUCUCUCACCCGCCAUUAGCGCAGGGACUAAUCAAGCUUUUUGUUGCCUGGAAACGCCCAUUCUCACUCCUUGCAUUUCAAACCCAACCUCUUUCUUCCUCAUUGUGACUCAUCUUCGCUUGACCCAUCACUCCUACCGCUUUCUUUCCCCUCUCGCUAAUUCGAGCCAUAUUUUUUACAGGGUCUUUCCUUAACUGGAAAGCUGUUUCUGUUUUAAUUGUUUCCUUAUUAAUUACUGUUGUGCGCUCAUCUUCGCUUGACCCAUCACUUCUACCCCUUUCUUUCCCCUCUCGCUAAUUCGAGCCAUAUUUUUUACAGGAUCUUUCCUUAACUGGAAAGCUGUUUCUGUUUUAAUUGUUUCCUUAUUAAUUACUGUUGUCAACCACCCAGAGAUUUAUACCAACAAACAGGGCAAAAAAAAAAAACCUCCUUUAAUGCAACUCAUGUCCCUACCCCUACCCCACAAUUAGCGUUUCUGCAAUUUGGGAAUUUCUAUCAUGUCCGGAGCUGGUCACGCCGUCGAGCACCGUGUUGGGUUGCCGGAGAUGGAGACAAACCCCAACAGCUCCGGGUGUUGCAAUCAGGUUAAGAAGCCGGGUUCUGUCUCCAUGGAUCAUGUGCUGUUGGCAUUGCGAGAAACCAAAGAAGAGAGGGAUGUCAGAUUACGGAGUCUGUUUAAUUUCUUUGACGCCGCGAAUGCUGGAUACUUGGAUUAUGCGCAGAUCGAGGCAGGGUUGUCGGCGUUGCAGAUUCCGGCGGAAUAUAAAUACGCUAACGAUUUGUUGAAAGUUUGCGAUGCAAAUAGGGAUGGACGGGUGGAUUAUCAGGAUUUUAGGAGGUAUAUGGACGAUAAAGAGCUGGAUCUGUACCGGAUAUUUCAGGCAAUUGAUGUCGAGCACAAUGGUUGCAUUUUGCCUGAGGAAUUAUGGGAUGCACUUGUUAAGGCUGGUAUAACUUUCUGCUUCACAGGUAUUGAAAUUAAUGAUGAGGAGCUUGCUCGUUUUGUUGAGCAUGUUGACAAGGAUAAUAAUGGAAUUAUAACUUUUGAAGAAUGGAGAGAUUUUCUUUUGCUCUAUCCACAUGAAGCUACAAUUGAAAACAUAUACCAUCACUGGGAAAGGGUAUGCCUUGUAGAUAUUGGAGAACAAGCUGUUAUACCAGAAGGCAUCAGUAAGCAUGUUAAUAGAAGUAAAUAUUUCAUUGCAGGGGGAAUAGCAGGAGCUGCCUCUCGUACUGCAACUGCUCCUCUUGAUCGCUUGAAGGUGGUUUUGCAAGUUCAGACAACACAUGCUCGCCUUGUUCCUGCUAUAAAGAAGAUAAGGAAGAAAGAUGGUUUCUUGGGUUUCUUUCGUGGUAAUGGAUUAAAUGUUGUGAAGGUGGCACCUGAAAGUGCUAUCAAGUUUUAUUCUUAUGAACUGUUAAAGAAUGUUAUUGCGGAUUUUAAGGGGGGAGAAAAGGAUAGUAUAGGUCCUGUUGAGAGACUUUUUGCUGGUGGGAUGGCUGGUGCAGUGGCACAAACUUCUAUCUAUCCCUUGGAUCUUAUUAAAACUCGAUUACAAAUUUGUGAAGGUGGAAAUGCUCCAAAGUUGGGAGCUCUAGCAAAGAAUAUAUGGGUUCAGGAAGGACCUCGAGCCUUUUAUAAAGGCCUUGUGCCAUCUCUUCUUGGGAUUAUACCUUAUGCUGGCAUUGACCUUGCUGCGUAUGAGACGCUGAAAGACAUGUCAAAAACAUAUAUUCUGUAUGAUAGUGAACCGGGUCCUCUUGUGCAAUUGGGUUGUGGGACAGUCUCAGCAGCAUUUGGAGCAUCAUGUGUUUAUCCCUUACAGGUUAUCAGAACCAGAAUGCAAGCACAGCAUUCUAAUUCUGCUGCUGCUUAUAAGGGUAUGUCUGAUGUAUUUUGGAGAACACUUCAGAAUGAAAGUUAUAAAGGCUUCUACAAAGGACUCUUCCCAAAUCUUCUCAAGGUUGUGCCAUCUGCAAGCAUAACGUAUUUGGUUUAUGAAGCCAUGAAAAAAAGCCUAGAUCUUUGAUUGGGGAGCACUGUUGUCAUGUGCUGUGGCAAUUAAACUAACUUCAGGUGUGGAAAUAGUCCACAUAUGUUGCUGACGAAGAAAAGAAGAAUAGGAUUGCUAGUCAAGUAGCCAAUACAAUUAUUUGAGUUACAGAAUAGACGGUAAUCCCCCUUCCUGAAUUGGGGCACAUAAUUUUGUUAGUCGAAGAGUUUUUUCCUGGAACCUUAUUUAAAGGUAGUGUUGAGAAACAAUGAUUAUAUGACAUCAUAAUUUCUGACUUGAAGGUGAUGGGUCUUCGUCAUUACCUUCCAUUCUGCGACA